AUGGCAUCACAAUUCGAUGGAAAGGUUGCUAUAGUAACAGGUUCCAGCGCAGGACUGGGGGAAGCUAUAGCUCUUUUGUUUGCUUCCAGAGGGGCAAGAGUUACUCUGUGUGGCCGGGAUCAAGACAGGCUGCAGUCCGUGCUGGACAAAGCUGUAAAGGUCAGUCGUGGACACGAGGACCGGUUCCUUACAGUUCUAGGAGACUUAACCGACGCAAACGUUCGGAAAGAAAUACUUGAACAAACCGUGAACAAGUUUGGACAACUGGAUAUUCUUGUAGCUAACGCAGGUGUCGCUGGAGGUCGCACAUUUCCUGAUGAAACUGAAGACAACUACAACAGAGUUUUUGACACCAACUUGAAAUCCGUAUUUUUUCUUAUCCAGAAAGCUGUACCUUACCUAGAGAAGACGAAAGGAAAUAUCGUUAGUAUCUCAUCUAUUGCAACAUCUGUUCUUAUUCCAUCUGAAACUACAUAUUCUCUGACAAAAGCAGCUCUGGACCACCUCACUCGGUGCUUGGCCGUUGACCUGGGAUCAAAGGGUAUCCGUGUGAAUGCUGUGAAUCCAGGAUAUUUCCCUACACUUAUCGUCAGAGAUAAAGGUGACCCAGAUGUCAUUAACAGAUAUAUUGAGAAAGCAGAACAAAACCGAGUGCCACUGAAAGAUCGAGUUGGAGUUUCACAAGAUGUGGCUGAGGCGGUGGCGUUUUUAGCAUCGGAUGCUGCUGGCUUUAUAACUGGUGAACUGGUCAAAGUUGAUGGAGGAAGAAGCUAUGCGGGCCCAUUUACGCAGUCAGGUGAAAAAUAA